CCCACGAGACAUUGCUCAGGAGCACGGCGGGGCAGCAGGGAGUGCAGCUGACGGAUGGACCGCUGCUACCCUGUGUUGGCUGUUCGAUGUCCAAGGGGCAGGUGAAACCCGUCCAGAAGAGCACGAGCACACGCGCACUGCUACCUCUCGCAGAUGACGACGAGGGCGGGAAGGGCGAGAGCAGAGCGGAUGCAUCACGCCACGGUUGCGGGGGAGAGAGAGACUCAGAGAGUGAGUCCGACCUCAACGUGAUGGAGGCUCGUGGGCCAGGGCAAGCGACGCCGUUUGUGCGUAAGGAGGCGCCGACGGCACCCGGCAACGGGAUUCCGGGGGGCGGAGGCAGCGUUCCCCCGUUGCCCCCUUCGGGAAGGGGCGACUCCGGCGGAGGCAGUGACAGCCCCACCGACAGCAGCAGCAGCAGCCCGAGCAGCAGCCCGAGCAGCAGCCCGAGCAGCAGCAGCAGUGACGCCGGCGGUGCCGGCGGCCCGGGCGGCGAAAAUCAGGCGACCCAGGUGGGGACGGCGGUAGCGAUGGUGAUCCCGGCGACUCCGAGGACCUCGAGGAACCCGGGAGAUGCAAGGUGCCGGGGAGAUGCCGGGCCCGGAGAAACACCGGACCCGGAAGAGGUAUUGCUGGCGACCAUCCUGGAAACUGGCGGGACGGGGAUUCUUGAGGACUACAUCUGCAACUCGUUUGUGAAGGAGAAGUGGGACGAGGAGCAGACACGCCGUAUGGAGGAGAUGUACAGGCGCGAGAUACAGGAGGUGUUGGGCCCGGAACAGCAGGCGUUCGGGGCCGAGGUCGACGCCAGCGGGUCUUCGCAACCACUCCCAGACCCACAGCUAAGGCCGAAGCGAGAUGACGAGCUCGCGGUGGAUAAGCCUGUGAGGGAGGCGAUCGGAUGUCUGAUGUGGACGAAGCUGACGAGGCCAGACAUCGCAGUGCCUCGGAACAAGCUCCAGAAGAUCGCCCACUCAUCCACCAGGAGGAUAUGGAACGCGCUUGUGCGGAUCAUGCCGAAGCGAGAUGACGAGCUCGCGGUGGAUAAGCCUGUGAGGGAGGCGAUCGGAUGUCUGAUGUGGACGAAGCUGACGAGGCUAGACAUCGCCCUGCCUCUGAACAAGCUCCAGAAGAUCGCCCACGCACCCACCGGGAGGAUAUGGAACGCGCUUGUGCGGAUCAUGUCCUCCCUGAUCUUUACGAAGGACUUCGGCAUGACCUACGCACGGGGGUCAGGACUAGACCUAAGCGUGUUUGUCGAUGCUAGCUACGCUGACAACGAAGUAGACAGGCGUUCUAUGACCGGGCUAGCUGGCGUGAAGGAGGCGUUGUCUGCGCGUGGCGGUCUGUCGUUCAUAGCGCCCGAGACGAGUGGGGCGAAGAUCAAGGUCCUUGAGGACAACAAGGGGGCUCUCGCCUUAGUCGAGAACCCGUUCAGCUCAGCGAGGAGCAAGCACAUCUACGUGCGGUUCCAUUUCGUUCGCGAGCUAUUCAAGUCGGGCCAGAUCACUGCAGAGUAUGUUCCGACUGGAGAGCAGCACGCCGAAAUGCUGACCAAGGUCCUUGGCAGAGAAAAGUUAGAGUACCACCAGAAGGCUCUGAUGAACCUACCGAUGUAG